UCAGCUCAGCACCUCUUCAGCACCUGGAAGAGGAGCAGAGCGGGACAGGCCCAUCAGAAGACACUCAUUCAUUCACGUGCACAGAGAUGAACUGAUAAGCGACCAGGUCAACGUGUAGAGGUCAAAGGGAGCUGAGGUGUGACGGGGGUGGGUGGGUGGUUUGACUGUACUCUCUGCUGGUCCUGAGAGCAAGGCAAAGGAGUUCCCUGGAGGAAAGGGGGGUCAGGUCCCCAAGCCCUGUUUCUUCUGACCGUUCUGCCCCCUCUUCAUCGCCAUGGGAGAGUGGACGAUUUUGGAGAGGCUGCUGGAGGCGGCUGUCCAGCAGCACUCUACUAUGAUCGGAAGGUGGCCAGAUAAAGGAGACCAAAGGGAUGUCCGUGUUGCUCUGUUUCUGCUGGAUAUGAUCCUGCUGACAGUGGUGGUGAUUUUCCGUAUCUUAAUAGUUGGCAUAGUGGGGGAGAAGGUGUAUGAGGACGAGCAAAUCAUGUUCAUUUGUAACACCAUGCAGCCCGGCUGCAACCAGGCUUGUUAUGACAAGGCAUUCCCGAUCUCGCACAUCCGCUACUGGGUUUUUCAGAUAAUCCUGGUGUGCACGCCAAGCCUGUGCUUCAUCACCUAUUCUGUCCAUCAGUCAGCCAAAGCACGUGAUCGAAGCUACUCUCUGCUGCAUCCUUACAUGGAUCACCAUGGUCAUGGCCACCACGGUCGCCACCAUGACCACCACUCUCGUAAGCUUCAUGCCCGAAACAUCAACGGCAUCCUGGUGCACCCCGACAGUAGUAAGGAGGAUCAUGACUGCUUGGAGGUCAAGGAGAUCCCUAACGGACCCCGGGGACUCCCUCCAGCUCACAAGAGCUCUAAAGUGCGACGGCAAGAAGGCAUCUCCCGUUUCUACGUCAUCCAGGUUGUGUUCCGCAAUGCGCUAGAGAUCGGCUUCUUGGCGGGACAGUAUUUCCUGUAUGGCUUCAAUGUGCCGGGGAUGUUUGAGUGCGAUCGCUACCCAUGUGUGAAGGAGGUGGAGUGUUACGUGUCCCGUCCCACAGAAAAGACUGUGUUUUUGGUCUUUAUGUUUGCAGUUAGUGGCAUAUGUGUGCUACUUAACCUGGCAGAGCUCAACCACCUUGGCUGGAGGAAGAUAAAAACGGCCAUCAGAGGGGUGCAGGCCCGGAGAAAGUCCAUCUGUGAAGUGCGCAAGAAGGAUGUUUCACACAUGUCCCAAGCCCCAAACCUGGGCAGGACCCAGUCUAGUGAGUCAGCCUACGUCUGUGCCAAACAGACUGCAGACUCACAUCACCUGAGAGCUUCUGCUCAAAAUGGGACACAGGGUGCACUGAAGAUGAGGAUUACAAUGGCAAACAGAGGUCCCUCCUAUGGUCUGACCCGUGAGGUUCAGAGUAAGAUUGAUAAGAAAUACGAUCCGGAACUGGAGGAAAGGCUGGUGGAGUGGAUUGUUGCCCAGUGUGGAUCUGGAGUCGGUCGGCCCCAGCCCAACAAGACAGGCUUCCAAAACUGGCUCAAGGAUGGAUGUGUGCUGUGUGAGCUCAUCAACAGCCUGUAUGGAGCCAACAAGCCAAUCAAGACCAUCAAGAGCUCUGGCAUGGCAUUCAAGCAGAUGGAGCAAAUCUCCAUGUUCCUCAGAGCAGCUGAAAGUUACGGAGUCACCAAAACUGACAUCUUUCAGACUGUAGACCUCUUUGAGGGCAAAGAUCUGGCUGCUGUCCAGAGGACCCUGAUGGCUCUGGGAAGUGUGGCUGUCACAAAGGGUGAUGGGAAUUACAAAGGAGAUCCCAGCUGGUUCCAUAAAAAAGCCCAGGAGAACAGGAGAGAGUUCUCGGAGGAACAGCUGAAAGAAGGCCAAAGUGUCAUCGGCCUGCAAAUGGGCACAAAUAAAGGAGCAUCUCAAGCUGGCAUGACAGGCUACGGACGCCCCAGGCAGAUCAUCAACAACAACCCCUGAACCGGAGCAGUUCUUAAACCGCCCUCCUUCUGCCCUCUGGAAGGCCAGUGAGCAAGGAUGGAGAGACUUUGACUCUUACCUUGGAUAUGAGGAAAAAUGUGACCUGACUGUUUUUCAGAUUUUAACUGGACCAAAAUAGGGACCAACGAGAACAAGUGCACAUGUAGAUCUUUAACAGUAGAAAUCAAACAUUUAACAAUGUUUCUUUUGUUUGGCUUCCAGCAAGACUCAUUGUAAAUAAUUUUUUUUUGUUACAGAAUCAAAAACAGUUGUUUUGCAUGUUUAAACUCAUUACCUUAAAAUCAUUACUGGAGACCACAAUGUUAGACAUGUUUGAUUUCUUACCUUGCACAGACAGGGAGCUUCAGACCAUUUCAUUACAACAAAGAAAAUCUGCUUGCAGGGACUUGAAACCUGCGUGAGAGAAGAAAUCCCCAGAAAUCCCCCACUUUCAAUGUUCAGUUUGCUUUAUUCUUUCCUGUAACAUCUGCAUUAUUGCAGUCAAUGCCUCUUCUCAAAACUCUAGCAGUGCGUGCAUUCAAGGACACCAAAGAUGUAAGACUCUGUCAUGAAGUCUUUAAUUUAAUGAUAAUGUUCAUUAUUUAGUGUACACUGUCUUUGUUGACUUUAUUCUUUCUGUCCUUCUGAUGACAUAGCUGUCAAUUCAUGGACGUCAGGAUGUCCUUAAAUACACCUCCGAGGAUUGUUCUGAGUGUUUUCCCCACAACAGCUGCAGUAAGACACAGAUGUUUUACUGUGUCUUACUGCAGCUUUUCUGGGUACUUAGUGUUACAGCUUCACAGAUUACAACCUUAAGCAGGUACCAAGUUGCAGCUGAUUCAAUUUGUACUGGAAUGAAGUAAAAACUUAACGAAAGGUAAGACAUGUACAGUUUGCUGUGGUUUACAGUAAUGUUAGUAGGUUAUAACAAACGCAUCCAGUGAUACUGCCAAGUGUAAGUAACUUUAGAAAAUAAACUGCCUGGUUUGAAAAAGGUAUAAACUACACCUGUGUGUAUUUUUACUGUUCCAUUACAUAAUCUAUUGUUAGACGCCGUGAGUCAAUCAAAAUGUUGGACCGUCUCUUUGAAAUAAAGUUUGAUU